AUGCUGCCUGUAAACAGCGGGUUUGCUGGUUCGUUCAACGUGGAUAAUGCGGCCACCUUUGGUUUCUCGUUAUUUGUGCAAGAGUGUGUUCGUGCUGGCUUUCCUCUGUUGACGCUGGGUGCCGCCCGUUCCGACUUGACUUCGUCAGCCUUGGGCGCUGUGACACUGGGUUCUUCCUUGUCGCUGCAUGGUGCAUAUCAGGCAGAGUUCGCUUUGCCAGUGCUGGGCAGCUUUCACAUUGAGCCUUUCUUGUCUCUGCAGAAGCUGUCUCAUCCAGGUUCCAGCUCUUCUGCCUUCGGCCAAGCAUGA